ACUAAUGGACCCUUCCCUACCUGCGAUAGCUUAUAGCUCCUCCCCUCCUUCCAUGUGACCGUCUAUUAUCUCUCCUCUCUGUCCGUAUGACCUUCGAUUCUGCUUUCCAAAACAAGAGGGGAACUCCGAGAAGCGCCCCUGGACUCUGAAAUAUACGCCUUUACCGCGAAGCCAUUGCAACGCUACUAAGCUCACUGUUUCUCAUGCGUACCAAAUAUCUUAUCGCAAGACUCCCACUGAUUAAUGAAUGGCAUUUCUAAUUCCAGCAGUUUACGAGCUGCCUUUUCCUAUUGUGUACAACAAGUGCAUUCCUAUGAUUACGAACAUUAUCUUUGUCUGUUGCACCUACCACAAAGCCUGCGGAAAGCAGCGUUUGCACUGCGUGCAUUUAAUAUUGAAACAGCAAAAGCCAGGGACAAUGUAUCAGAUGCUAAGUUGGCAUUGGUACGCCUUCUGUGGUGGCGUGAUAUAAUAGAUAACAUUUAUAAGAACAAAGUUGCUGAACAUCCUGUAGCCCAGUCUCUAGCAUCAGUUAUUAAUGAGCACAAGUUAAGCAAACACUGGUUGAACCGGUCCAUUAAGGCACGGAUUGAAGAUACUGAGAUGGAAACUCCUCCAGUGAGUCUUGCUGACCUGGAACAGUAUUCAGAGAACACUUCUUCUGUCCUCUUAUACCUCAUGCUUCAGGCUGGGGGAAUCCAGUCCACUUCAGCAGAUCAUGCUGCUUCACAUAUUGGUAAAGCAAGUGGCCUUGUUCUUUUGCUCAGAGCAACAGCAUAUCAUGCCAGUCGACGGCGUUCCUAUAUUCCUCUUGAGAUAGCUGCUAAGCAUGGAUUGUCACAAGAAGAGAUAUAUAGAGGAGAACACAAGGAAACCCUAGAAAAUACCAUCUUUGAAAUUGCAUCAACUGCAAAUACUCAUUUGGAAAAGGCUCGAGAGCUUUCAAGCAAUGUACCCAAAGCUGCAUUGCCUGUGCUCUUACCUGCAGUACCAGCUCAGAUCCUGUUAGAUUCCCUUCGCAAUAGACAUUUUAAUGUUUUUGAUCCAACCCUUAAUCGGGGCAUAUCAGGUGUUUCUCCUCUAUAUUUUCAAUUAAAACUGAAAUGGUGUGCAUUUAGGGGAAAGUACUGAUUCGUAACACUUAUUCAUUUACCAAAGAGGAACAGCACUUUACCAUGAAUCCAAACAAAUGUAACAUUAGAUCUUAGUGUUUCAUAUCUUGCAGAGUGCUGCUAAUUGAAUGCAAGCAAAUGGAAAUAAAGGGAAUUGUUUUCACCGUUAGCAAUGGUUGGUAUUUGUAAGUGCUUGUCUGAAGUAAAAUUGAUCAAAAGUCACUUGGUAUUAUCUGAAUGAGUUUGGAUUAGAUUCUUUUUCAUGAAUUACUUGUUGAAGCUUCGGCUGAAAACUGUCUUCUAAACAUGUUUUAUGUAAACUGGUAUUCUUGAAUGCAAUGGGCUUGAAGAGA